AGACUGUUUGCUUAAUGUAUACAAGACUCUGGGUUCCAUCUCCAGCACCACAAAGGAAAAAAAAAGGAGGUAUCUUUUUGAGGAUUGUGCCUGUGUCGGGAGAACUUCCUUCCCAGGGGCCAGCCUAGACCUCAAUUUAUUCCAGGAGUGUUUCCAGACUAUUCGAAAGCAGAACUCCAGAAGUCAUUUUCUAGGACAAUACCUUUGUCCAUCUCUACCAGAUUACAGAUCUGAUUGGCUCUUUUGUCUUGGAAGUGACAAUUUGGUGGUGAUUAUAAUAGGAAUAGACUACUAGUAGAGUCAUUUUGUGAGAGGUUAACCAACAUCACCAAAAAGUUUUGUGUUACCGCUAGACUCAGUCUGUACUUGAUCACCAUCAUAAUCACACCACCUGCCUGAGCCAUGGAAUCUGUGUCAAUCCCUGGACUGGUUGCUGAACUUAUUGAUUGUGUAGCCCAGCUAAUAAGAAUAGCUGAGGAACUAUUACAGUUCGUCUCACAGGAACAAGCUCCUUCUCUGCAACAGAAUGCUACAGCAGAGGAGGCGGAAGCAGCUGAGCCUCCUCCCGAGGAAGAUUCGCUACCGGAUCUUGCAGCUCUUUCCGACUUAGAAUCAAUCCUUUCAGUAAAAGAAGAUGAAGACCUAAUCCUUGACAUGGAUGAAGCUAUGAUAGAUAUUAACGAGAUAUAUGAGGAUAUACUUCCUGCAAUAAAGGAUGAUACAGAAAGUGAGUGAGAGUCAGCAUGUGAAAAAAUCAUUUUUCCAUUUCUUUUUUUCUAGGCUUCAGCAAUAGCUGUUUUAUUCUAGUUCUGCAUAGUUUCAUUAUUAAAAACUUUUAGAUUUAGUAAACUUUUAUUUCCUUUUGGAAAAUCAUUUUUUUCUAUGGUUUAAUUCAAAAGACUGGCUUUAGUUAUAUAGUUUUUUUGCUUUACUUGUACUAUUAGGAUUCUUCAUGAUAAGACCAAAUAAUAACAAGGCAAAGAAUCUACCUUAGAAUAGAAUGAAGAACUGAUGAACUCUACCAAUACUCAGUGUCACUGCUCUGUGAUAAAUAGAAGUUCUAAGAGUAGUGUUUCCUAGCAUGGCAUUACAAUGAGUAUUUUCUCAUGGCCAGGACAACGUGCCACAUUGUAUCUUAAAGAGGGAGGUUUUCAGGGCAGAGUAAGGUAAAUAAUUCUGAAAGUGCAACGUCUACCAGGCAAUAAAAGUAUAGAAAGAUUUUCCAGAUUCACUGGGAACAAAAUUUGAGAGUUCUGAGGUCAAGAUAUUGAAUGAAAGACUGCUGUGGAUUCUAACCACACAUGUUGAUGUGUGCUGAAACUCUUUUGCAAUAUUGUCCUCUGACACAAUAUUGAAGCUUAUACCAAAAAGCAAAGAGAGAAGUUCUAGAAUGUCAAGACUGGGAAUAACAAAGACUUCAUCAAUGGAAAAUCAAGCGUUUACGUCAUCAGCCUGGAGAAAAUGGUCUACAAGGGGAAGCGGACAUUGUACAUCUUCUUGUGUAUAACUGAAUUUAAGGCAAAUACUUGGAGGCUUCAUGUGGUAGGACCAUUACAAACUUAACCUAGCAAUAUUUGUUAUUAAGAGGUAAAAAUAUAAAUAAGAUGUAGACUGGUAUUGAGGCACAAUAACCCUCCACCUGUCAGAAGUGUGAAAUAUAAUAGUUGAAGUACCCUCACACUGAAACAGAGAUCACCUAAAUAACUGUGCAAAUAUUCACCUAUUAUACCACCUUAUGCCGUUCAAUCCUUUUACUUUCAUGGGUAGGUAGCAUGGCCUUCUUAACAAUUUAUGAAGAAUCCUAAAGCACAUCAUAGUUAAAAAGAUUAAUAGGACAUUUAAUACAGAUGAUUUCAGAGCCAACUAACAUGGCAGAUACGUGACAAGAAUACAUACAGAACAAAUGAAAAUUGUGUCAAAAUGUAGUUAAUGGGGUUAAUUGCAUAUUGCAGUAGGUAGUAUGCUGUAACACCUUGCUACAAUAACUAUAAUAAGCAAACUGAAUCUUAUUUUACAAGUAUAGAAAAGACUCCAGGUACACAAGUACAGACAAAGAAGCAAAUAAGCGAUGCACUGAAAAUUAACCUAAUUUUGUUUAGGAGACUGGAGAUUGCAAGAUUGGAGAAAGCAAGAAGAAAUAGUUUGCAUUUUUCCAUGCCAGGAGGAAAUGUUAAUGAAUAAUAAUUAUUAUAAUUAGUGGAACAGUUAGGAUUAUUUCUGUAUUUUAUAAGAACAUUUACCAACAGUAGUAACAACAAUAGACCUGUAUGAAAGUUAAAAAAAAAUCUACACUUUAAGUAAGGGCUUAGCAACAACUAGGGGAAAUAUAUACUACUGCCAGGGAAAUUUGAACUGUAGGAAAUAGGGUAUAAUUUUCUGUCAAAAUAACACUCAAGUUAUGAUUAGUUGAACAAAAUCAGGGAAAGUAUACAGAGAAAGCCCACCAGUCUAUUAUAAAUUCUAUUUGGUGUGCAAUUUACCUGAGAAAUUGCAAAUGAUGUUCUUCAAGCAUGAUAGGCACACUAUAGUAAUCCAAGUAGAACUCUAGAAUCUGGGCUUUGUAAUGUUUCUACAAUAAAUUAUUAAGACUUUGUUAAAAGUCAGAGAGCAUAAACCACCAAUAAACUCGAACAGGUCAUAACAAGAGAAACCUGUAAGUCUACUUUAGACAAAGCCUUAAACAAGUAAUAGACAGUGUUGUUCUUAGGUAUCAGAAAAAGAAGGUGUCACAGGUUCAUCGUAUGUGGAUCUGCUUUGCCUAUUGCAUUUCAGUAUUUGCCUUGAUUGUAUAAUUAUGUGCACUUUAGAAUUGUUAAGACGUAACUCUAUUUCAAGAAAUGGACUGUUAUAUCGAGUAUGUUUGCUAUACGGAAUGGGAUUAGAAGUAGAGUUAAAUGUGACAAGGAACAAACAAUCUUAGCAAUAAGAAAACCCUUAAGAACAAGGCCUAGUAGGGAAGGUAUUUUCAGUAGAGAGAACAUUUUAAAUUGUCAACAGUUAACACCAUUGUUUGAGAUAGGGUUACUUCCUAAGUGAAUUCAUUUACCCGUGCCUUAAUGGAAAUUAGCCAAUUGUAAGAUUGGUAGAAGUAACUAGUUGGUAAUUGACAUAGUAGAUAGAGAGUUAAAUUAAAAGGAGAAAUACUAAUAAAUAUGCUUAUUGGAUGUCUCCAAUUGAGAUUUUGACUCUCUUCCAGAAGACUGGAGUCCAUUAUCCAAGCAGCCUUGUUUUGUAUCUUUUUGAGGUUAAUGCCAAAACCAGAUUUUGAAUGGCACAGAGAAAUAGAGGGGGAGCAAGGCUCUUUAUUCUGAGACCAACUUAAAGGUGUUAAAAUCAAGAAAGACAGGCUGGUAAAUGGCACUGAAGCACAGAGUACAAAUCUUCAUUCUUUAGCUGAAGUAUAGGAGCUGCUGACAGUAUGUACCUGCAUCUUUAUAUGUAACCAUUUCUUCAAAUUAUUAGGUUAUAAUCACUUGUGAUCUUUAUUGACUAUUGUUCCAAACCACUUAAUCGCUUUUAAGAGAUUGUAGCUAAUAAACUUUGAUUUAAAAGCC